GCAUGAAAUUGUUUCAGUAUGUCUGGUUGCACGGUUAGACAAAAAAAUAUUAAGUUCUGGUCACUCUGCCUGUAGAGACGGUAGCGCGUACCCUGUUUAUCUUGGUCAAAAAGAGUUUUUUUUUGUUAUUUGGAAAAUACCAGCUUCAAUGCCCUGUCAUUCCAUCUGUCUGUGUAUUUUGUGGUAUGUGGUGACGCCGGUGAAUUUUGACUCACUUUGGGAAUAUUAAUUUUUUAUCCAAGCCCGCGUAUAACUCGUUUUUUUGUUUUAAAAAAUCGACCAACGGUGUGAAGAAUUCCUUGUCAUUUGCGCCCAAUUUCGCUGCAGCGAAAGCCAACUCGGUGUAACAACUACAUCAUCUCAACAAAAUGGGAGACUCAGAUGAUGAAUACGACCGGAAACGUCGUGACAAGUUUCGCGGCGAACGCAGCGCUGGUGGUGGCGGAGAUAGCUACGGACGCGGUGCCGACCGACCAGAUCGUUCAAGGGGCAGAGACGAUUGGCCUGAUCGUGUUCGGCCCCGACAGGAUUACCGGGACUACAGACCUCCACCUAGAGAUAGGGGUUAUUCGCCAGCUCGAGAAGGGCCCACGGUAAAACGUAUGCGUGGCGAUACAUGGGGUGAUGAAGGUCGACAUAGAUUUGGAGCACAUGACGGCUAUGGAAUGUACGGUUACGCACAUGAUCACUUUGGAAUGCAUCCAACUGUCGGUCCUUAUGGCCAUCAACAUGCUACACAUCAAAGGGAACCGGUAGUAUCAGGAGAUAUGCUAACACAGCCGUGCAUGAUGACGUUGAAACAGUUCCUCGCCACACAGGAUGAUUCGAUCUCCGACUCUGACGCAAUAACAAAGUACAACGAGUAUAAACUUGAGUUUAGGCGACAGCAGAUGAACGAAUUUUUCGUUGCACACAAGGACGAAGAAUGGUUUAAGAUCAAAUAUCAUCCAGAAGAAUCGCAAAAGCGAAAGGAAGAACAGCUGUCAUUUUUGAAGCGUCGGUGUGAAGUAUUCUUAGAAUUACUCAAGUCUAAAGAAAUUGGAAAAGUCUCUGUCGAUGCUUCCAAUACCGACGCGUUGCUUCGUUUGCUUGAUACGGUGGUUAUUAAACUGGAGGGAGGCACUGAAGAAGAUUUAAAAGUGCUGGAUAUAAAGCCUUCGGUAGUUGAAGCGGCUGCUCGAACGCCCGCUACACUAAACGAGGAAAAAGUUAAAACCGAAUCGAAAGUGGAUGCAACGGCUAAAGAAUUAGCCGUCAAAAUGGAGGAAGAUUCUUCUAAACAAGAGACAGAAACAGAUGUGCUCAGUGUGCCACAGUCUGAAGAAGAUGCAAGAAAUGGCAAUUCUAAAAUCAAAGAGGAACUAUCCAAAUCCAUGGACGAUGGAAAUGAAAAUGGGGACAAGAGCAAAUCGAAUGAUGCACAAAAAAGCGAGAAAGAAAUUGCCGAAGUGGAACAUGAAGCACACAAACAUGAAUCUGAAGAUCGUAAGAAACGAAGUCGGUCUGAUUCUGGUUCAAGUUCAUCAUCAUCGUCUUCAUCGUCUUCGAGUGAAUCGGAGGAAGAAAAAGAUGAGCGUAUGAACAAAGAGGAUAAUGAAGAUGAAGAAAAUAUGCGAAUCCCAGAAGAGGAAAAAAAAUCAGAUUCGGCAGAUACGAUGGAUAACAUUAAUCGAGAUAAGGAAGUAGAUGAAGGCAAACCCGUAUGCGACGCGGAAGAUCUAAACACGGCUGAUGAUAGAGAUGAUAAUGCCGACCAGAACAAGGAACAGAAUGAGUUUGAGGAAACCACGAAAGACAAGAAUAGUUCCGACCCCGUAAACGAUGUAAACAAAGAGAAUAGUGAUAAAAAAUCACAACAGGAAGGCGAUUCUAAAGCAGAAACUAUUGAUUUGGCGAAAGAUCCUGCAGAUAGUGGAUCGCGAGCACUGCAUCGCACGAGUUCAAUUUUCCUACGAAAUUUGGCUCCGUCCAUCACGAAGGCGGAAGUGGAGGCUAUGUGUCGUCGCUACAACGGAUUUCUUCGCGUAGCAAUCGCAGAUCCUCUGCUGGAACGUCGCUGGUUCCGACGAGGUUGGGUAACGUUCAAGCGCGAAGUGAACAUCAAGGAAAUUUGUUGGAACUUGAACAACAUUCGUCUAAGAGAUUGUGAACUGGGCGCAAUAGUCAACAAAGAUCUAAGUCGACGAGUGCGCCCGGUAAACGGUAUCACCUGUCACAAAACUGUUGUGCGCAGUGAUAUUAAGCUCGGUGCAAAGAUAGCUCACAACCUGGACGACAAAUGGGGAUUGUGGAAAGAAACUCCGACAGCUGCAUCUGGCACGGGAGAAGCUGGAGAUAAAAAUGGCUCAGAAGUUCAACCUGAAGAAUCAUUUGGUUUGCAAUCAAAAAAUCCCGUACUGCAAAACAUUACCGAUUAUUUGAUCGAAGAAGCAUCGGCAGAAGAAGAGGAGCUGCUAGGUUUGUCGGAAGACAGCAAAAAGGUUUCGGAGGGCGAGUUAAUUGAGCGCGAUCCUCAGUUGAUAGAAGUGCUCGAUCGAUUGAUCUUGUAUUUGCGGAUUGUGCAUUCGGUCGAUUUCUACAACCAUUGUGAAUAUCCGUACGAAGACGAAAUGCCUAAUCGAUGCGGAAUUAUUCACGCUCGUGGACCACCCUCACAGAGCAAAGUGAUGAGCAACGAAAUUCAGGAAUAUAUUCGCACAUUUGAAGGUAAAAUGGCUUCCUUCCUUACCAGAAUGGUCGAUAUAGACGAGACCGAUAUGAAAAAGCUCGGUGCAAAGGAUGCCGAAGCGGAAGUGGAAAAGUUUAUCACCGCAAACACUCAGGAGUUAGCGAAGGAUAAGUGGUUAUGUCCUUUGUCAGGGAAAAAAUUCAAAGGUCCAGAUUUUGUACGUAAACACAUUUUCAACAAACACGCGGAAAAGGUAGAAGAAGUGCGCAAGGAAGUAGAAUACUUCAACAACUAUCUCAAAGAUUCAAAGCGACCUCAGCUGCCAGAACAUCCAGGUAAUGCCAAGAAACCUGGAUCUGAGGGUGCAACAUCGGCUACUGCUAAUGCAAGCGUCGGUGCAGGAGGAUAUCGCAACCAACCCUUUGGAAUGUCCCAUAGCUAUGCACCCAUGUAUGCUUCAUACGCUGCCGCAUCAAUGAUGGCCCCAAAUCCUCGUGGACGAGCAGGAUUUGGCCGUGGAGGAAGGAUGGGAGGUCCUGACUACCGACCAGUAAUUCAUUAUCGGGAUCUAGAUGCUCCUCGCGAACCUGAUGAGUUUUUAUAAAAGAAUUACUUACCGCCAUCGACAAUAUUUAAAACAAAAGCAUAAAUGUAUUCCGUACAUUUUUCAUUAAUUUUUCACCUAACAUGUUACGGAUAUUAUUCCGCUACUGUAUGUAUGAGAGUGUAGACAGGAAAUCAAUCAAUUCAAGUAAUCUUUCUCAUUUAUAAUAGCAUAAAUGCAAAAUAGUGCAUUGUUGUGGGCGAAACUGAAUGAACCGAUAUUUGUAACGAAGGAAAAUGAAUAAAAUGGACUAAUAAUUAAAUUAGAACGAAUCCAAAA